CUGCUGCUGCAGCCAGAUGGGAACCAAACAGUGCCCGGCCCACCACAUACGACAUCAUUAACUCCGCUCCUUCAGAUUUUUCGGUGCCGUAAUCAAGCCAACAACCCGGAUAUGCGUCUUUCUGCGGGGAGAAAACGCAAAGCGGCGGCAGAGGAGCUCAUAAUGAGAGAGGCGCGGCGGCGGGGGGCGCGGCGACACUCCGACUGAAGCGGAGAAGCUGGUUUUUAUUUUUUUUCUCAGAGUUCUUCGGGAAGCCAUACAGACAUCACGAGCAGAGUGAAAGUUGAUGAAGAGGAGGAAAGAGAUGGUUCAGCUUUCAGUCCACGCAUCUGCUGAGCAGCUCCUCACCGAGACUUCCGAUCAGACUGGCUGCCGCUGAGGUUCAGCUGUAUCUGGAAGAAGUGAAUUCCUAGAAGGCAGGGGGCUCCGGAGAUGCCGCUCCCCCAGGGCCUUCUGCUCUGCUUUGGCUUGCUGCUGAUGGUCAUUGGGGGGGUCAUGGCCCUGUGCUUGGCCCCGCAAUCUCACCCGCUGUUCUGGCUCGGACUGUUCUUGUGCCUGGGCGGCCUGGCCUUGCUGGUCGGUGGACUCUGCAUGGCAAUGAAGAAUCUCCAGGUGGCAGUGCCCGGACACUUCCUCCUUCACCCCCGCACGGGCACGCGCUUCAGCCCACAGCAGGCCCAGGCUAUACAAAGGAGAUUGGACCGAAUUCGCAGAGAGAUGUCGGAGGACUCAGUGAGCAGGGCCCCGGAGCCUGCAGCCUCCCUCCCAUCCACCCCUCCACCCUGGACCAUGGAGCCUCCUCCAUCCUACGACACAGUGAUGAAGAGCCAGGAGCACAGCGAGCAGUUUUAUUUUGUAGAGAUCGACCCCCCGCGUGGCCUCUGUGUCUUCUAAACGUGUGUGUUGUACUUGAUGGAUCACUACAACUCCUCCUCUCUCUACACUAAGGGGCCUUUCUUGAGACGAACAUUGUGUAACUUUUACUACGAGCUUAAAGGAUUCAUGUCAACAGUUUGGCUGCGAGCCUCCUGUAGACACCUAAUUAGGACAUUUUAUUGGCCUGCUUGAAUUUAUGUGACCUACUACUGUGUCUUCCCGGCACUCUUCUCCAAACAUGAUGAGAACUUUCCUCACAGUUCCUCUUUGUAUCUGCACUCUCUCCUGUCAUAACAUUGCUCAAGGAUCACUGACAGCUUACUACAAUGCAAAGUGCCUUAACCAGUGAAGGCAGAAUUUUAACAGCAAAGCUAUGUAUCCCGUGUUUGCAGAAAGUUAGUUCUGUGUUGUGAUGUUAAUAUAAACCUGAGGUAAUGAAUAGCUACUGAGCUCUCAGUGGGAGGUGGCACACUUACAAACAAUGGAUUGUUUAUUUAAAAGAGGGAAACCCCAGAAAGGCGAAGAAGACUUAUUUAAAGGUCCCAUAUUGUAAAAAGUGAGAUUUGCAUGUCUUUUUCUAUUAUAAAGCAGUUCUGGGUGCUAUACAAAUACUGUGAAAGUAUUAAAAUGCUUAAUCCCAAAGAAAUGCACACAGCCAGUAUUCCAAAAACUGUGCCUUUAAAUAAGCUGUCAGGACUUCUACCUUUACUAUAUAUAGGUAGAGAGUGCCGUUACAGUAAUUCCCAGCUGCAAUGAUGGUGCAGAUAUGGUGUGUGCAGACGCAGAAGCACUGACCAAUCAGACCAGACUGCUUUUUCGGCAGGGGGCCUUAAAGAGACAGGCGCCAAAACAGAGCGUCUCAGACAGAGGGUAAAUACAGACGUAUAAAGUUGUAUAAAAUAAUGUGUUUUUUUUUACAUUAAAGCACGUAAACAUGUUGUAGCAGAAACCCCACCUCAUAGUUGCUCGAAUGGCAGCCCAAAGGCCAGAAAAAGUUUGUGCGGAACCCGAAUGUGACAUGAAAUUCAUGCAUUUAACUACUACUACUGUUAGGUAAAGUGAGAGAUUUUGGGGGACAACUCACGACUAUAUUCCUUCUGUGCAGCCUUCAAUCAUAUGCUGGCACAAAAUAUUUUUGAACACCCCUUCCCUUAAUACAAGUUUGACUCUGAAAACAAGCAUAGUCAAGUCCAAGCCAAGCAGGAUAAACAUUCAGUCAGCUCAACACUGCUCGGAAGCUUAGUUGAGAGUCUCCUUUUAGCCAGCAGCUUGUGGCAAGGUGACCUAUCAGGUACACACACACACACACACACACACACACACACCUGCAAUUUUACACCCGACCUGAGCAGGCUGUCUGCAGGCUGUAAUAACCAGCUGAGUGGAACUCUAACUGUGCUUCCUCCACCCUCACCUUCCAAGCCCUGAACAACACCAAACCUUUACUUUACGACAGGUGCUUUAUUUUUAAAGUUGACACGAAUAAGAGCUUCAUUAGCUUCAGAAGUUGUUGCAACAAUGGCUGAAGGGAAGAAGCUACAUUGAUGAGUGCUGAUAGCGACGGGGCUUUGUGGCAGCAGCAGUCGACCUCUUCAUCAUGACACAGGAGAAACCUAUCUAUGCUGCAAUUGGCACUCUGCUCAUUUUUAUGAUAUGUUCCAGGGUUGUGUGGAAGGUCUUCCAUCACUACAGACUGUGCGUGU